GCUCCGGCGGGAGCGCGGCCGCCCGGCCACUGCGUCCACGGCCGGCGAGCCUCGCGGACCAUGGAGCCCGUGCCGCUGCAGGACUUUGUUUGCGCCCUGGAUCCCGCCUCUCUCCCGCGAGUGCUGCGGGUCUGCUCGGGCGUCUACUUCCAGGGCUCCAUCUACGAGAUCUCCGGGAAUGAGUGCUGCCUGUCCACAGGGGACCUGAUGAAGGUCACCCAGCUCCGCCUCCAGAAAGUUGUCUGUGAGAACCCAGGGACAGGUCAGACCAUAGAGCUGGACCCCAACUUCAAGGGCCACUUCAGCCCCCUCACUGGCCCUCAGAGCUAUGGAACCCUGGAGGAACUUGUCUCUGCUCUGAUCCGGAGCUCCAAGCAGCUGCCCAUCUGGUUCAUGUCCAUCUACAGAAUUAACACACAGACCAGGGUGGUGCCUGAGGAGCAGCCCCUCAUGCUUGAGUCUGUGGAAAUGCACCUCGGGACCUGCUCUGCCCGCUGUGUGCUAAGCGUGGGGACCCAGGUGGUGGUCCUGCACCUGCCCCUGUCCACAAAGGGGCCCUUCUGGGAACUGGAGACGGGUGCCCCUCGGACCCUGCUGCAGGCCCUGCAGGACCCAGCCCUGAAGGGCCUCCUCCUCACCUGCCCCUCCCUCCCCUGGCGCUCCUUGAUCCUGAGGCCGCACUAUGAGAUCCAAGCCAUCAUGCAAAUGCGCAGGACCAUCGUCAGCAUCCCUUCUACCCUGGAGGUCGACGUGGAGGAUGUCACCACCUCCUCUGAACAUAUCCAUUUCAUCCAACCGCUGCUGCUGAGCGAGGUCCUGGCACGGGGAGGCCCCUUCCCCCUGAAUGCACAGAUCCUGGAAGUCCCGGAGGGGCCGCCCAUCUUCCUCAGCCCGUGGGUGGGUUCCUUGCGGAAAGGCCAGGGGCUCUGCAUCCAUGGCCUGGCUUCACCACCCUGGCGGGUCCUGGCCUCAACCAAGGGCCGGAAGGUGCCCAGAUACUUCAUGGUCUCUGGAGCCUACCAUGGGAAACUGCGGCGACGGCCAAGAGAGUUCUCCACAGCCUAUGACCUCCUGGGUGCUCUGCAGCCCGGCCGGCCACUGCGGGUGGUGGCCAUGAAGGACUGUGAGGGUGAUGAGGAGGAGAUCCCUGGGUUUGCCUCCCUGGCUAUGGGAGACAGGCUGGAGGUGCUGGGGUCUGGUCAGGCCCAUGGGUCUCACGGCAGGGACAUGGACGUCUUGAUGUGUCACCGGCUCAGUGACCAGGCUGGGGAGGAGGAGUGUGAAGAGGAGGCAGAGGAUCAAGAACAGAUUGUGCUGCCCCUCUACUUCUCUGGCAGCUUUGUGGAGGAGAUGAGUGAUGCCCGGCGAUACAACCUGGCAGAUCUGACUGCCCAGUUCUCACUGCCCUGUGAAGUCAAGGUGGUGACCAAGGACAGCAGCCACCCUGCUGACCCUCUGCCCCUCUUCCCUGGCCUGCGGCUCGAGGAGAAGAUCAUGGAACCCUUCUUGGUGGUCAGCCUGGACUCAGAGCCUGGGAUGUACUUCGAGAUUCCUCCCCAGUGGCUGGACCUGACUAUUGUGGAGGAGGAGAGGCAGCCAGGCCAGGCAGCUGGGUCUCUCCCCGUAGCCACAGUGGAGGAGCUGACAGAUGCUUUCUAUUAUCACCUUCGGAAGUUACCGGCCUCAAAGAGCCAAGGUCCCCCACCCAGGCCCCCGAAGCGUCAGAACCUCAGUGAGCAGAAGAAACAGAGCGGCCUGGAGGGAAGCAUGAAGUCUUCUCCUGUCUCAGAACUGCAGCAAUACCCUCUGCUGCCCAAAUUCAAGAUGACGACCCUGGCAAAGCCCACAGAAGUUGGAUCAAAUACCUACAGCAAGAUUCCUGCCCGCCAAGGCCUCAUGCCCACUAAGUGCAGCACACUGGAUCCAGUUGGUGACAAACAUGACUAUGAAGAAGUAGUUGAGUGCUUUCGGAAAACCCUGUAGAUGCUGGAGGAACCAUGCAUCCUAACUGCCUCUUCUCAGGGGGUCCAGGACACCAGCCUUGUCACCAGGCCUGUGACAAGCCUUUAGAAGACCUUGGACAGUUCCACAGAAACCAGACUGCGGACAGGGAAUGGCUUUGUGGGACUGUCUAAAACAGGAAGGACACUGCACCGCCUUCUCUCAGGUUCCUGCCACUGGGGCUUGUUUGGGCCGAGCCCCUACACUGGACGUCCUGGGACUCAGAGCUUUGGUAUCCAGAAGAGCCAAUUGGUUGCUACUCAACCUUGCGAUCCCAACACCAGCUAUCCUACUGGUUGGCACAAAAGGAAUCAAAGUCACCAACCUUGGUGAUGGUGGCACAGUGACUCCUGCCUCUUGGUAACGAGGGACUCAAUCCUGAUCACCCUGAACUGACUCUUUUUUGUUUGCCACCCCCACCCUCCACCCCUGCGCUAAGGCUUUAAUCUCCUGAGAGACCAGGACUCACUCUCUCAUCUCUGCAGAACCUAGCACGGCAGCUGUAGGUGAAUACCCAAGAUUACUUCACUCAAAAACU